UUUAUCCCACCACAAGGGGCAGCACUGAGGCCAACACUCACCUGUCAGGGAGACUAAAGAGAGGAGACAUGGGAUCCUCUGUUACUUCUGCAACUUUGUGGCCCCUCAUGUGGCUCCUGAUUCUGACAAUCUUGGUGCAGAAACUCAUUGCAGGAGGGAGUGAGGACAAUUGCAAAGGGAGAGACUGCACAACAUGUCAGUGUAUUCUUGCAAAAGGUGCACGGGGAGCUCCAGGAAGGGUAGGUGAUCAGGGCGACCGAGGACAAAUGGGAACAAGGGGACGUGUGGGGCCACCUGGGGAGAAAGGAAGGAUAGGAGCAAAUGGAACACCUGGCCCAGCAGGACCCAAAGGGGACCGUGGUGAAACUGGUGCUCCUGGUUAUCCUGGAAAUGAUGGCUUGUCAGGCCACCCUGGAGCAGGUGGUGAGCCUGGUUUGCCAGGACCUGACGGCUGUAAUGGGACACGGGGUCGACCAGGAAGAAGUGGUACCCAUGGUUUGGAUGGUCUCCAUGGGCCACCGGGAUUACAUGGACCCAAGGGAUUUAAAGGAGAACCUUUGUAUGACCGUGCCCUUCCAGGACUUCCUGGGGAUCCUGGUGUAGAUGGAGAGCGGGGUCUGCCUGGGAGAAAAGGAAGUCCAGGGUCCAAAGGCUUCACUGGCCCGCCUGGCUUUCCUGGGGCUGAGGGUUUGGAAGGAGCAAGAGGUGCAAGAGGACAACCGGGUGACCCUGGAGCAUCACUGGCAGGCGAUAAGGGGGAAGAUGGUGAGCAAGGCCCAACUGGCAAACAAGGACCUGAAGAAGUAAUCGAAUUUCCUCCAGAAUUUCUCCCACCCAAAGGUUACAAGGGAGACCGAGGCCGUUCUGGUCCAUGUGGACUAAAGGGUCCACAGGGUGAUAGAGGAGACUAUGGUCAAAGCAUUAAAGGAGAGCAAGGAAUCCUUGGUUUCCCUGGAACACGGGGUCUUUCAGGGUUUCCUGGUAGAGAUGGAUCACCAGGACUUCAGGGUUUGCCCGGAGAGAAAGGACUUCCAGGUCUUUUUGGAAGAGAAGGGCCAAAGGGUUACAUAGGAGAUCCAGGUCUCCCUGGUCCCUCUAGAUAUGAGGAUGGUCAAGAUGGCAGAGGUCCUAAAGGUGACCAGGGUUUUCCUGGACCACCUGGACCCCCAGGUGACCCUGGCUUCAUGGGUAAUCCCGGACCUCCUGGCCCACCAGGGCCUGUCAUUCCAGAGGUACCGGGUUGGCCUGGUCCUCGAGGACAGCCUGGUGAAAAGGGAUACAAGGGAGAGCCAGGAUUGUUUAAUGAAUUUGACAUCAAUCGAAAUCCAGGACCAAAGGGUGCUAAAGGAUUCCCUGGACCUAAAGGUGUUACAGGCCUCCCAGGACCUCCAGGAUGUGGAGAUUACUACUGUGAGCCUGGUUACCCAGGGGACCCUGGUGACCCAGGACCCAAAGGAGGUCCAGGAUUCCCAGGGCUUAAAGGAAUUAAAGGUUGCGUUGGGGACUGUGAAUGCAGGUCAGGUGGGCUGAAUCCAGGACCCCCUGGUCCACCUGGUUAUACAGGGCCUCCAGGAUUGCCUGGACCUAAAGGGAUCAUAGGAGAUCCGGGACCCAAAGGAGAUGAUGGUUUAAGGGGACGACCAGGCUAUCCAGGCUCUCCAGGUUCAGAAGGACAAAAGGGUCAUAAAGGGGACUCUUUUGUGGUGGGUGUGAAAGGUGCUAAAGGUGACAGAGGAUUACCUGGAUAUCUUGGUCCUCCUGGAGCUAAAGGUCAGCCAGGACGUGUUGGCCCACAUGGUCCUACAGGAGACCCCGGACCACCAGGUUCUGGAUAUGUAGGACUGCCUGGACGAAAAGGGGAACCUGGUGUUCCUGGACCUAAGGGGUACCCAGGAUCUCCUGGCCCUGCAGGUCCUGGUUUUCAAGGCCCUAAGGGGCUUCCUGGACCGAAAGGAGAUAAAGGAGAUGCUGGCCGGGAUGGAGUUCGUGGACCACCAGGCCCACCAGGUGAAAGUGAGCCAUGCUGUGAAAUUGGGAUUGGGUUACCUGGUCGUAAAGGAGAACAAGGUGAACCAGGGUUUCCUGGUGUUCCUGGAAUAGAUGGUACCCCUGGAGUCCAAGGAUUACGAGGCUAUAAGGGAAUGAAAGGAGAAGACGGGGGAAUUGGAGGGGUUGGACUUCCAGGUCCUCCAGGUCCAAAUGGAGAUCCAGGUAACCCAGGUCCAAGUGGAAUUAGCCUGGAUGGUCUUCCAGGCCCUCCUGGAUUACCAGGAUCUCCUGGUAGGAAGGGUGCACCAGGAGAUGUCUUCUCUGCCAGGCCAGGAGAGCCAGGUCCUCCUGGCCGCCCUGGUGCAAAUGGGGCAGUGGGAUUCAGUGGCCCUCCUGGAAAUCCAGGCUCUCCUGGUGCACAAGGACAACCUGGACGCCCAGGCUACAAAGGAGAGCAAGGAGCCAAUGGUGACCGUGGCGCUCCUGGUCCCCCAGGCCCAACCUGCACCGAGUGCGAUGUGGAGGGAGUUCAAGGCCCUCCAGGAUCUCCAGGAAACCCUGGGUCAGGCGGCACAACAGGCCGCCCUGGUCAGAAGGGUUAUAAAGGAGAAACAGGUCCACCAGGCCGUGGACAGAGGGGACCACAAGGUUUCCCUGGUCCUCCAGGUCUGCCAGGUCCAGCUGGACCUAGAGGCCCCACUGGCCUGUUGGGAGAUUCUGGAAUAGAUGGUCCGCCAGGACUGAAAGGUGAAAUAGGGUACUCUGGCAGGCCUGGCAGUAGAGGUUUACCCGGUCGUCCUGGACCUCCAGGACCAAGAGGUGUACAGGGAGAAAAAGGCUUUGAUGGACGCCCAGGUCCCCCUGGAUAUCCUGGACCCCCUGGUUACAAAGGUUUGCAUGGUCCACCAGGAAAUCCUGGACCAGAUAUGAUUGUGAAUGUGACAAAAGGCCCAGUGGGACCCCCAGGAAGAAGGGGACAACGAGGAUCACAUGGACCUCAAGGUUACAAGGGUCUUAAGGGAGAGCCAGGUGACUCAGGUCCAGAUGGAUGGUAUGGUUCUUUAGGGCCAAAAGGUAGCACUGGGGCUCCAGGAAGGGGAGGAAGACAAGGAACUCCUGGACCCCCUGGGGUCAAAGGUUUCCCUGGUCCAAGGGGAUACCCUGGACACAGCGGAGAUCUGGGUGAUCCAGGCCCAAGUGGACGUCCAGGUAGCACAGGGUCACCAGGAUACCCAGGGGCCAAGGGUGAAACAGGGCCCUCCUAUGGAAUACCUGGUCCACCUGGACCCAAAGGAAUGCCUGGGAAUGAUGGACCCAGUGCUUUUAGAGGGAGUCCAGGAGAUCCAGGUGACCCUGGACGUCCAGGAAUCUCAGGAACACCAGGACCCCCAGGACCCCCAGGGGAUGCAGGAGGGCAAGGACAACCAGGUGACCCUGGGCCACGUGGCCCACGAGGUAAUCCAGGCAUUCCAGGUUUUCAAGGUGAUACUGGAGGACUGGGACCACCAGGCCCACCUGGCUCAUACGGUCCUCCAGGGCCUCCUGGGCAACCAGGUUUGGAUGGACUGAAUGGGCUUAGAGGACCAAAGGGAAUGAAAGGAGCAAGUGGAAUUGGCGUCAUUGGUCCUCCUGGUCCAGAUGGUUAUCCAGGUAUCAAAGGUCUCAAGGGUUUCCAAGGACCUCCAGGAGCCACUUAUCCCGGACCGAAAGGCCAGAUUGGCCCACCUGGCACCACAGGUCAUCCAGGGGGUCCAGGAGAACCUGGUUCCCCUGGCAUAGAAUGCCGUACACCAACACCAGGACCCCCUGGAGAUGCAGGAUAUGAGGGACCGCCAGGGCCCACAGGCCCCCCUGGGGAACCAGGCCGCCAAGGCAGCAGCAUAUCUAUUAAAGGAGACCCAGGUCCAAUUGGUCUCCCUGGGAUACAAGGACGGAAGGGGAGUAGGGGACCCCAAGGACCCCCUGGAUCUCACGAAUACCAAGGACGUAGAGGGCCUAAAGGUAAUAUAGGCCCUGAUGGUCCUAGUGGCUCUCCUGGACCUAAAGGACAGAGAGGUGACCAUGGGUCUUUUGGUCCCAAGGGAGCCAGAGGCCCACAUGGUGACCGAGGUGCCAAAGGUCCUCCCGGGGAUUCUAUUCACAGACCCCCAGAAGAGGCUCCCCCUGGACCACCAGGACAGCCUGGUGGACCAGGAUCAGUGGGAUCUCCUGGCUAUGCUGGUCCUCCAGGUGCUCCAGGACGCAAAGGAGAGAAGGGCCCAGUGGGAUCUGUUGGCUUCCCUGGCAGUCCCGGUGGUCCUGGUCUUCCUGGUCCAGUCGGAGAGCCAGGAAAUUCUGGUCAGCAAGGGUUUCCAGGACCUCAAGGUACCUCGGGUCCACCUGGGGAUCCAGGUGAGCCAGGGUACUGGACAGCCAGGAGAUCAGGCUUCCUUUUGGUGAUUCAUAGUCAGUCUGUGGAGCGUCCAGUUUGCCCUGAAGGCAGCAGUCAGCUUUGGUGGGGCUACAGUCUGGUGUACUUGGAGGGACAAGAAAAGGCUCACACUCAAGACCUGGGCCAGGCUGGUUCCUGUCUCCCUGUUUUCUCCACCAUGCCUUUCUCCUACUGCAACAAAGCAGCCUGCCAUUACUCCAGCCGCAAUGACAAAUCCUAUUGGCUCUCCACCACGGCUUCCAUACCCAUGAUGCCAUUGUUUGGCCAGGAGAUUAGCUCCCACAUCAGCCGCUGUGUGGUGUGUGAGACGGUGUCACCUGCAGUGGCUUUUCACAGCCAGGAUCACACCAUCCCAAAAUGCCCGCCUGGCUGGAGGAGUCUCUGGACGGGGUAUUCAUUCCUCCUGCACACUGGAGCAGGUGAUGAAGGUGGUGGACAGUCUCUGACUUCCUCUGGUAGCUGCCUUCACAGUUUCCGGACACACCCUUUCAUAGAGUGCCAGGGUGCACGUGGUUCCUGCCACUACUUUUCCAAUAUGUACAGUUUUUGGCUGACUACUGUGAGUUAUAAUGAACAGUUUGUUACCCCAUCCUCCAGCACCAUUAAGGCAGCCGACCAACAAAGACGCAAGACAAGUCAGUGCCAUGUCUGUUUCCGAGGGCUUUAAAAUACCUUACCACUUUUUUAUUGUAACAGUGUUUUUUUUAAUCCAGUUAAGUCAUUCACAAUGAUGAUCUUGUCCCAGUUACCCCUGAUGUGUUUAUAUAAUUUCUGUUUCAUGAGAAACACUUGCAAUUGAUAGCUUUCACGUAAAAACCACCCUCCUGGUGAGCAAGAGUCUUCCUGCUGCUCUACAGUCUUGGCACCUAUGUGUUUUAACUAGUGUUAUUUUUUGAUUUUUUUUAAAGACCCUGUAAAGUAACAUCCAAAAUAUUUGUCUUAUCACACUAGAUAUGUUGGAAUAUGGUUGCUGUAAACAUGUGAAAACACUAAGAUCUAACCUGACACACCAGAUAGAUUUGUUUCACACAUCCAUCUGGGAAAGCGAUUGGAGUGUGAUUGGAUGAACAUUAUGUCUGUCACAUCUCUACGGGCCAGUCAGAGAAACAAAACACGUAUGUAGCCGCUAUCAAACUGCGCGUGCGCAGGUACUGAGGAAUAACGCAAAACAUGGCGAAUAUAGACAUAUAAGUACUCGAUUUUUGUCAUUUUUGAAAAGAAAACAACUCACUGCUGUUCUUUGUUCUUCUUUUAACAAAGAAAUUUCAUCAAGUUCUGAUAAAACUGGUGCUUUAGCAGCAUCCACGCUGACAGUAACCUGUCAUACAACAAACCUAAAUACAGAUUUAUUUUCACUUUACAGGGUCUUUAAUAAAAGAAAGUUGUUCCUUUAGGGAACAAUACAGAAGCACCAGUAUCCUGACAUCAAAUAUUGCGUUAACUUGAUUUUAACUUGAUUCUUCCAACUAGUAUUACAGUGCUUGAUCCCUGACUAACAGCUGACAGUGAUCCUACUUGUUAACGUGAACAAGCUAAUGUUAGCUAAUCAGUGCUCACCUGUACUUCAUUCAGGAGCACUCUCAACACAUAUUUAACCCUUUAAUUGCAAAAUGGAUAUACAGAUUUAUCUGGCAGAGAAGGCUCUGCUUAAAAGAUGCUCCCUGGGUUAGUCAAACAGCAUGCAUUGACUUUCCAGGGGGUGCAUGGUUAGAAACCCCCAUUUAGAUGCAUUUCUGACAAUGCUUUUUGAAUAAAGUUAAACUAGUUCAAAAACAAUUAAUCUAUAGUAGCAUGAAUCUGAAUGAAGGUGCAGCAAGCUUUAUGCU